UGACAUUACGGCAAACGAUUAGCUAUGUUUCACCGAACUAGUCCUUUUCUUGCGAAGAUGCGAGGGUUGUAUGGCGUCACUCUACUUCUUGCGCUGUUUGUGGGACAUAAUACUUUUGUUACUGCACAGCAGUGUUCUGAGGAUGGAGCGGUUAGGUUGGUCGACGGAGACACUGUGAACCAGAGAGGAGUCAGGGGGAGAGUGGAGAUUUGCAUUAAUCACCAGUGGGGUACUGUGUGCAGUGAUGACUGGGGACUGUUAGGGGCCAGAGUUACCUGCCAGCAACUAGGAUUUGAUUAUGCUGUCCCUAUUGCUGAAUAUGGUGGAGGCUCAGGCAAAAUUCACUCCUUUUCAUGUGUUGGGGAUGAAACUCAUCUUGGUAACUGCAGUGGUGAUAUGGACAUUACCUACUGUGGUCACAGCAAAGAUGCUGGAGCAAUGUGUUCAGAUUUUGCUGAGUGCAAUGAGACUGGUGUUAGACUGGUUGAUGGAGUGACUCCUGAUGAUGGAAGAGUGGAGAUAUGUCUGGGUGGGGUGUGGGGCUCAGUAUGUGAUGAUUCAUGGGACAUCAGAGAUGCCAGAGUAGUGUGUCGACAAUUGGGCUACAACGGAACAUCUGUUCCCCUGUCAGCCUAUAAUCCUGUGAUUUCAAGUAAUGGCUCAUUAUUCUAUCAUCUCGAUGAAGUAGACUGCACUGGAGAUGAAAUGUUGCUAAGUGAUUGUGAGCAUGGUGGGCUAGGUAUUCACGAUUGUCACAUAAGAUUUGAAGAAGCCGGAGUUAUAUGCAACGCCACUGUAGAGUGCAAUGAGACUGGUGUUAGACUGGUUGAUGGAGUGACUCCUGAUGAUGGAAGAGUGGAGAUAUGUCUGAGUGGAGUGUGGGGCUCAGUAUGUGAUGACUUGUGGGAUGUCAGAGAUGCCAGAGUAGUGUGUCGACAACUGGGCUACAACGGAAUAUCUUUUCCACUACAAAGUCAUCCUGUGCGUAUGAAUGAUUCCAUACUAUUCUAUCAUCUGGAUGACGUGGAAUGUAGAGGAAAUGAAAAUAUGCUGAGUGAUUGUGGCCACGAAGGGAUUGGGGUUCAUAAUUGUUUUGUAAGAUUUGAAGAAGCUGGAGUUAUUUGCAGCGAUGAUCUGGUAGGCUGUGAGAAUGGAGGUGUGAGACUACGAGGAGGGUCCCAAUCAUCUACUGGAUAUGUGGAAUUUUGCCACGGCAGAAGAUGGGGAGGUCUCUGCAGCCGUCCUUGGGAUAUCAAUGGUGCUAGAGUUGCGUGCAGGCAGCUCAGUUCUGACCCUGAAAGCGUUGAGGAUUCUCUAGUGUUUCUGGGUCAGGUGACAUGUAGAGGCUCUGAGAAAUACUUGAAUGAGUGUAUACCUGACAUCAUGCCACUAGCUGGAGGAGGCUGCAGCAGAGCAGCUAUUUCAUGUGGAAAAAGCUCGAAUGAGCCGAAAUGUACCCGGAACGACAGUGUGUUAUUGAGUGAUGUUUAUAAGAGCUAUGGAGAGUGUUCAGUAUACAAGUGGGAAACUGCUGUAUGUGAAGGUGUGGUGAGACGUGGGAUUGACAGCGUGUAUGCCAGGUCAAGGCUGGGAGACCAGAGCACCAUUGCUCAACUACUCAAUGAGAGUAUCAAGGAUGUGGAGAGAUUAAUUGCUGAUCACACUGAUUCCUGUGUCGACCAAGUGUUCAGAGUUCUCUGCAAUUUCUAUCUCCCUCCCUGUGGUAAUGCAACCCACCCUGUCCCUCCCUCCUCGAUCUGUCAAACAGAGUGUGAGAUGGUGCUGCAAAAUUGCCAGACAACAUGGGAUGCGGUUAUGUUGGCCUUUAAGACUGUAGAUCCGAUACCCGACUGCAAUGAUACUUCAAGGCUCCUGUUUCCAGUCCCAAACUGCUGCACUGGAGCUGGGCUAGGCACAUUGUCAGAGAAGACAUCACUCUCACAAGAAAGAGGCAAUGGAGCCAUUGCUGGAAUAGCAAGUGGAGUUCCCAUAUUCAUUGUAGUGGUGGUGAUGGUUGUUGUUGGUGUCAUUCUCCUAAAGCUGGUUUUGUCCAGGAGAAGUAAGAAGAGGCAGAUGGAGAGAAUGCAGCUUGACAUUCUUGCUGUACCUGGGUAUGAUGCUCCAAUCGAGGCAUCUCAUAAUACUGAAACAACCGGAAGCCGUGAGGUAGAGCCAGCUGAGAAAGGAGAGGCCCUGAGAGCUAGCGAUAACACUUACAGUGAAUUUGGUAUAGUCUACAGGGCCAGAAUUGGGCUUUCUAAAAGACAAAUGGCUGUAAAAACUCUAAAAGGUAACUUUGACCAGGAGGAUGUAGAGAGGUUUGUGGAGGAGAGUUUGAAGAUGAGUCGGUUCAAACAUGCUCAUGUGAUGGGUCUCAUUGGAGUCUGUCUCGAUACUGGCUCUGCCCCCUUCAUUAUCAUGCCUUACAUGGCCAACGGAAGCCUUCUGAAGUAUCUCAAGAGAGAGAGAAAGAAUGUCGUCCUUUUAAAGGAAACUGAUGAAGAUGAGGUGAAGGAGGUUCGUAAGCGACUGAUGGUCAUGUGUUUGCAGAUAGCCAGUGGGAUGGAGUACCUGGCCAGUAACAAGAUUGACACCCAUUUCCAGAUCAAGAUCACCGACUUUGGUCUGUCGGAGGAUGUGUUUGAGAGGAACUACUUCAGACAGGACAGUGGGAGCGGGGAGGUGGUGAAGUUGCCCGUCAAGUGGAUGGCUCCUGAGAGCCUCAAUGACAGACAUUUCUCUGAGAAGAGUGAUGUGUGGUCCUAUGGAGUGACAAUGUGGGAGGUAUUCAGUGGAGGGAAGGCUCCAUAUCCUGCUACUGAUCACCUCACUCUCAUGCAGAGUUUAGAGCAAGGCUACCGAAUGCCGCAGCCAUACAAUGCUGCCUGCAGUGAGGAAAUCUUUGGGAUCAUGGGGCAAUGCUGGCAGAUGGAACCAAGGGACAGACCAACUUUCAAAGAAAUCUGCUCUACUCUUUCAAAGUUCAUUGAGUGUGAAGCUGGCUACCUGCAGUUUGGGUUCAACCCCUUCACUGAUGGAGGAGAAGGAGGAGGGGGAGAGGUAGAAGGAGGGGAGGAAGGAAGGAGGAACAAUGAGGAUGAGAAAGAGGAAGAAGAGAAGGAGUUCAUCUAGAGCAACAUUUUAGCUACCACUCCAGACCCUUGUAUUAUGAGCUACUAUGCUGUAAAUUUGUCUUCUUGCAUUUGGGAUGGUGCCUAAGGUAUAGAUUGUGCCCGGAAUGAUGGAGCCGAAACUAGAGAUGGCACCCAAGGUAAUGAUUGUUCCGGCAGUG